CAAACAAUUCAUGUCUCGGAAUASCUUUUCCAAGAAAGUUGAUCGAUAAAACUUUAAAAUUAGUUCUACCUUACUUAAAGCGUUUGAAAAUCUUAAACAAUCAGAUAGAUAUCAAUAAGAAAUCGAAUAUACUGAUCAUAUCAUUCCUUAGGACAGCUGAUUAGAAGCUAGAGAGCCCUAGAGAGAGRAGUUCUGCUAGUCAACCUUAGUAAAACAACGAGUAGACUGGGUUAUUCUACACGUAUAGAUUAGCAUACUCUUAUGCCGAAAAAAGGGUAAAUUACAGGGUACUAUAAAGUAACUAUGCAAGAUACUGCAUAUCGAAGAAAUAUGCCAAUCCAAGUAACACUUCUCGUUGCAUUUUACUGCUGUACACUUUUCUACCAAACGUCUACAGCAGUGGGAACGCCUUGUUCCUGCAAACUCAGAGGUCGUCUUUAUAAUCUAGGCCCACUAGCAAGCUCGGAUGGUUUCCCGAGGUUUGAAAAGGAUGUGAAUGGCCGGAACUUUGCAUACAAUCCAUGUAUUCCAUUUACAGUAAAAGCCCCGUGUAAAAACGUAGCGAUUUGUCGCUGGAACAACGACGAAACAACUUAUGCUGCCUUGGGACUCCAACGAAAUGUACAAUGUCAGCUAGAACAAGAACAGAACGAACUAGUGUUCCAAGUGCCAAACAACCCGUCCGAGAGAACACGGGUCCGGCUGAAGUGCAACCCAAAAAGGGAAGGUUUGCAUGAUGCCCUGUUUUCGGUUAUCGACGACAAUGAUCAUAGUACAAUUUUGGAAGUAGAACACAACUGUUGCUGUCCUGAUGCAUGUCCACUGGGCAAGCCUCUUCCAACAGAAAAAAUAGACAUCGGUAAAUGGGUAGCUGUUGGUAUCUCGGGACUUCUUGGCMUGUGCAUAAUAUGUGGAAUAAUAGUGUACGUGGUUCGUUGGUAUCGACGACGAAGAGAUCAAGCUCCAGAUAAUGAACCUCUCCAGGAACAGAGAAUUGGACCCAUAGAGAACUGAUUAAUUAAUAUUGCAGCUUCAUAUAAAUAGUACUACAUUUCACAGGGAUAUUUUAUGUUAAGCUGAAAUAAGUUGUUUUAGUAUUCUUAACGAGAGUGAAUUGGAUAAAUAACAGAGAGAUAGUUUCUUUUUGUUAAAAUUUUAUUUAUCUCUGUAAGCAGCAUAAAUCGACAAACGAGCGUGCGUGCGCGCGUUAUAUCUUCCUGUAAGAAUAUUCCCCGAUAUUCAUAGAGGCUGAGGCAAAUGAUUGUUUUAGUAAAUACACAGGUGAUUCUUUCAAAAAAGAAAAAUAAAGAAGAAGAAGAAGAUAAA